CAACAAGUUAAUGUGUGAUAUAAUGGCAUGUACUAUUUUAUUGUUUAUUACAUGUUAAUUAUUGAAAUUAAACAUUUUUAGAAGCUAUUUAUGGUAUUCCCAAUUCAUUAAUUUAAAACCAAGCUUCACUACACGUACAUUCGUAAUAUUUCCUCGUUGAAGACAGCAUGUUUAGUUUACCUAUUACAGUUCACUGCAGUUUAUGACACAUAGUCCAUACAUUUGUAAAAAUAGGUAAUACAUUUUAAGAGCAUAUGCAAGCGAUAACAUGAGCGCGUUAAAACAAAUAAAUGUACUCAAUGUAAAAGCCAAAUACCACAAUAACAAUUGACUUCAUAAAACAGAAUAAUAGAAAUAAUCGCAGUCAGUGCACUAUAGAUUUAUGGGUUCACGUAUGUUCGGCUGAUAACGCAGAAACACGAAGAUGAUACGAUAACAUUUAACAGUUAAAAAUGGCGGCGUCAACACGGAAGUCAAAAUGGACUGAAACAAACGAAGCACUAUUCGAUGUUCUCAAAGAAGCCGAUUUACCAUUAGAAGUCAAGGUGUAUGAUGAAUAUGCUAAUCACACAGUUGACUCGGAUUUAAUAAAUUUAUCGGACAGCAAAUUGUUGAUUGUGUGUCGAAAAUCGCUCUCCUUCGCAAGGGUUCACAUUUUAGAAUCAGAAUUCUUUGAUGGGAUACCUAUAGAGCAACGAAAUGACUUUGAAACUAUUGCAGAAAGGGCCAACUAUGUUGGAAAUGAAUAUUACAUUCCAAUGAAAUAUCCCAGACGUUUGCAAACGGAUACCAUGAUACAGCCUACAAAUAUGAGAUCUGGACGAUUGACGUUUACCAAGACCAAAAAGACCGCGACAGUCAACACAGAUGGGACUUACACACGUCUCAUUCACUGCCUACAAGCACUCAAAGAAGAGAAAAUUUGCCCCUUAGCUUUUUCGUUCGUCAACCCAGAGCCCGAAGAUGUUGUUCAUUUUAAUGACGAAAAGGCAGGAAAUGCGUUUAUAUUUGCACAAGGUCCUUUAGCAUACUUGGGAUGUGUUGAUAUUCCUUAUGUUAUUGCGUGGAAACGAGAGCCUGCGUACAAGUCGUACAGUACUGUUCUAAUACCUGAGAGCAUGUGGAAAGAUGUUCGGGUAAAACGGAGAGCUGUGUCGUAUGCAACGACAAACAUGGAAAUAACGACCCGCAGAUACCAGAUGUGUCAAAAUAUUGACUUUGUUGAGACUCGCUUAUAUUGCGUCGAUACGGAAUUUCAGUACCCAAUUAUUCUGAGAAGUCCGGAUAUGUUUAAAGUAAUCCGUACUGGAAGCGCAUUAAAACAACGGUGUCGCGUUCCAUACCGAGAAUCAUCCGAAGAAGAACAAGAAGACGAAAACGAAGAACCAACGGAGAAUCCUACUGAACAACCAUCUGUAGCAGGCGAUGCAUACGAAGAACGGCAUAAAUAUAAGAUGAAAUCACAUGUAAAAUCAGACCAUGGGGAAAAAUCGACCAUUACAGCGGAUUAUGACUAUACUGAGGCGUACAAUCGAAUAGAUCUUGACAAACGUUACGUCGUCAUAUUCACAGAUAAGGAAAAGCCACUCGCUGUCAGCUCUAGUGAUAACUAUGAAAGAAAAACUCCCGAAACUUGGGUCAUUAAUUUUGAUCCAUUAUCUGAAAAGGAGAAAGAAGAAAUUGAGACCCCGGGAAAAUCCGAUGAAGAUUUUUAUGCAUUGACUGUUUUAAAGCUGUGCUAUCUGCUAUGUUUCUGUGGACUGCUCGAUGUUGCCAUGGUUUGUUAUCGGCAUAAACUGGACGGGGAGUUCUUCAGGAUGGCAAAACAAGACGUCAUUUUGAACAAACCGUUUUCUCUCUCUGAACUGGAAAAGGUGAAAUUUGACCAAAUUAUUCAAGGGUGGCGGCCGAAGGUGAAAGACAGCAUUUCUACUGCGCAUGUAACAUACCAGUUUUAAGCGAAAACACCCAAAAAUAGCCGAAUACUAGUUCUAAUCAAUUCGUGACACAAUUGAAUUUGAGAAUUUGUCAAGAUAAUUUUAACAGACAACUUCUCAAAACAACUAAAAUAAGUAUAGGUGACAAGUAACACAACUUGUCUUAAGACUGUGAUACUCAGUAAUAUCAUAUGACCGUUGAUACAAAAAUAUAGUCAUGUCCGCAUUGGUGUGUUACGGCUUUACCCUUGCAUGCGAGAUGAUUAUUAUUAUUUGAAGUAUAUCAUGCUAAGGCUUAAAAAAUGUCAAAAAGCCAGAGAUAUAGAUGAUACGUGUAAUUAUGUUUUUCACCGCGACAUAAAAUAUCGCAAUAUCGAUGCAUCCAAUACGAAGCUCGCGAUUUGCAAUUCUACACUGUCUUCGCUAUCUGCAUAUGUAUCGCGUCAUUUUGCGUCGUUUAUUAUCUGUAAUCACUAAAAAAACUUCUUAAAAAAGAGUGUCAUUAUGAUAGUGUCGCAUAUGUGAAACAAGUCAAUAAGGUCGCGCUAUACUAAUACAACUCAUGUAAUUAAUGUGAAACAUUCCAGUUUUGCAGAAAAUAAAGUAAGUAUAUUGCACGCUGGGACACCCAUAACCAUAUCUGUAAUCACUAAAAAAACUUCUUAAAAAAGAGUGUCAUUAUGAUAGUGUCGCAUAUGUGAAACAAGUCAAUAAGGUCGCGCUAUACUAAUGCAACUCAUGUAAUUAAUGUGAAACAUUCCAGUUUUGCAGAAAAUAAAGUAAGUAUAUUGCACACCCAUAACCAUAUAUUUCCUAAAGAGCUUUCUAAGUUUAAUGCUUUUAAGAACAAAAAAGGAAUGUCAUUUGGUAUGGAAAAAUGAACUUUUUACGAAUCAUAAUUCCCUUUUUGUAACGUUUUUUUUCGGCUACUUUUUAAUUCAUUGUAAAUCGCGUUUCUCGCAAGUCUCCCACUGUAGUCUCAAAUCUUUAAACACAACAGUUACUUUUGUUGUGAUUUUAAUGCUUUCCCUGCGCACAGUUUGAAAAAAAUAUAAUAGCAAAACAAACGAGUGUUAUUAACUGUUAACAAGUCUUCCAAUAAAUAAAGAUGACUUUUAGAGAGUAUAGCAUCAAUUUUUUAGUAUACUGUAACCUUUAGGAACUUGUUCUUUCGUUCUUUCGUUGCCACUGACAGUCGAUGUAUUACUUUCAACCCUUUUCUAAUAAAUUAUCAGACAAUAA